UUUUCUGUGCAUCUGUGCUGCAAAACGGGCCUCUGUGCAUUAUUUCCCCACCAACAAUUGCCGCGUCGAUCCGGGUCCCGCUCAAGCUCUGCAGAACUAGGCUCUCGAUAUAGAUCAGUACAAUCAUUCGCUUCUGACAAUCGCAUCGACUGAGCGACGCGUUGAUCGUCGACUGUCGUGCGUCGCAUUCGGGCAUCUCGAACCGGUGUUGAUUCCCUGUGUCAUUAUUUCACUUCCGUCCUUCUCUCGUGGCGAUCUAUAAUACGCGUGUGUUGUUGCGUGCAUUGCUUGUGUUGUUGUGGAUGUGUUUUCUUUUGUGACCGCUCACGAACACCCCACGCAAAAUGAGAGCGUCGCUCCCGGUUCACCUCGUUGUGUGCACGCAGCUAAGUGCCGUUUGGUUUGGAGUGGCUAAAGCCCAUGGUGGACACCGACUGGAACCGCAUGUUCCCGGAUUCCUGCAAGGCUUCACUGAUAUCACGCCUGCAGGUGAUGACGUUAGUGCCAACGUAACAAGUUCGGAGCCUGCAAAACUUGAUCUCUCUUGUGUGCACUCUGACAAUAAGGGAUCAAGGGCUCCCACAAUAGGCGAGCCAGUGCCAGAUGUGUCCCUGGAACAAUGUGCUGCGCAAUGCAAGGCUGUUGAUGGCUGCACACAUUUCACUUAUAAUGACGAUUCGAAGAUGUGCCAUGUGAAGGAGGGAAAACCCGAUUUAUACGAUCUCACAGGAGGCAAAACAGCAUCGCGCAGUUGCGAUAGAUCAUGCUUCGAACAACACGUAUCGUAUGAGGGAGCUCCUGACGUGAUGACAGCGAUGGUCACGAGCCAGUCAGCGGACUGUCAGGCUGCGUGUGCGGCUGACCCGAGCUGCGAGAUCUUCACUUAUAACGAACACGACCAGAAAUGUACUUUCAAAGGAAGGGGGUUUUCUGCGUUUAAGGAACGAGGGGUGUUGGGUGUGACUUCCGGGCCGAAACAGUUCUGCGAUGAAGGCGGUAAAUUAACUCAAGAGGAGAUGGAAGAUCAGAUCAGUGGCUGCAUUCAAUUGAGUGACGUUGGAUCAAUGACUGCUGACCUGGAGGAGCCUAUGGAGGCUGAUUCUGUUGGCGCUUGUAUGGAACGGUGCCGCUGUGAUGGAAGAUGCACGCACUUCACGUUCAACGAUAAUACUCGGAUGUGCUACCUCAAAGGUGACAAGAUGCAGUUGUACUCAUCUCCAGGUGACAGAACCGGCCCAAAGAGCUGCGAUUCAAGCUGCUUCUCGAACGGGGUUUCUUACGUCGAUGAUCCGGCGACAGAUGUUGAGACCGUAUUCGAAAUUUCACACCCAAUUUAUUGUCAAGUAAUCUGCGCCGCAAAUCCGUUGUGUACAGUGUUUCAGUGGUAUGCCUCCGAGGCAAAGUGCGUCGUCAAGAGAAAGGGGUUUUACAAACACAGAAAAACAGGUGUCACGGGAGUCACAGUGGGCCCUCGGGAGUUCUGCGAUUUUGGCGGUAGCAUCCGCGACCGAGAAGAGGCAGACGCCGUUGGAUCAGACGAUGGCCUCAACGCGGAAGCAACUAUGGCAAAUUCUCCUGAUUUUCACGACGAAGUAGAAUGCGUCCACACGGGCAACAUUGGGUCAAAAGCACAAACCAUUGGAGAAGUGAAACGCGCAAGUAGUUUGAGUGAGUGCAGAGCCAGAUGCCAAGCGGAGAAAGAAUGCAGCCACUACACUUACAAUGUAAAAUCCGGUUUGUGUUAUCCAAAAAGAGGAAAGCCUCAAUUUUAUAAGUAUCUUGGCGACAUGACGGGAUCCAGAACAUGUGAUACAAGUUGCCUUAGGAGGGGAGUCGAUUACUCACAGGGCCCUGAAGUAGGAAAGCCUUGGUAUUCUACGCUGCCGACAGACUGCCAAGUUGCAUGCGACGCUGAGGAUGCUUGCCUGGUGUUCACCUGGGAUUCGGCGACGUCACGAUGCUACCUCAUCGGCUCAGGUUUCUCGGCACAUCGACGGAACGACGUGGAUGGCGUGGUAUCUGGACCCUAUACUUUCUGUGACAAUGGCGAAAACCUUCAGGUGCUUGAAGCGAAAGACACAGAAUGACCCAGGAGGGUGCCAGAUACUUUGUGUGACUGCGACAUGCAGUCAUGUACUCAAAGUGUUGUACAUGGACAGGAGGACUUUUUUUUUAAGUCAUUGCAGAGGUGCGUUUUCGGAGCAGCACUAUAACUGCGUCAGCGACUAAGCACGCCACGUAGCUGAAUGAAACGCAGCCACCUUCGUGUAUGUAUGCUUCGUUUUUUGUCGCUGUGCAGUUUUGAAUCAUUUCCCUUAUGGGACAUUUCUGAAAAAUGCUCCCCGUUCGCUUGUAGCACUAUGAGAGGGGCCGAAGACUGCAAUGGAGGUAGCGCUGCGUUGAAAAGACGAGGCGCUACAUUUCGCGUAGCGACAAGGCCGUGUAGAGUUUUGCUUUUCGCGAGACACUGCUCUGAGUGUCAUAUGCAUCAAAUGCAGUGGUAGCACACAGAGGUGAGAAGAAUGAUCACCUGCGGGGGAAUGGCUUUGCUAAACAACAAGGUCGCUGUGUGACUUUACACAACGAAACUACUGUGGUGAGUGCUCAGUUGAGUGAAAAGAAAUGCCGCGUUAUCGUGAGUUCUGGUUCGGUGGACUUUGCCACCGUAGUAAAACUCAACCUGUAACGGAAUGCCCAGUUUUACUGCUCUCUUUAAAGGGCGUCCACGUUCUCUAUAUUCAAGCUGUUUACCCACCUGCGUUUCGGUGCAUCGCGCGUGCCACAUCAAAAAUCCAGGUAACGGUGCGGGACCUAUGCUACACUUUAUAUCUCUCAGAAAGCAUACACCCACUGAUUAUGGACAACGCUGUGGUCGCGUUGUACCACAAUGCAGGAAUACUCAGUUCACCUUGCAAGUGUUCUGGUGUUCAUUGCGUGUCAGAAGUACACGAAAAGAGACUUCUUUGGCCUCCAAGUGAUACGUAACCGCGGCAGUCAUGAACAGAGUCACUCGUGCUUCUGAAACGCACGUCUUCUGUACAGAGACAGAUGCAGUGUGCAUACAGGAAGCCCCUCGAUUGUUGCCGUAGCAGGUAGCCAGUAGAAGAAACAAAGACACGGU